GAAGGACUAACCCCUAAACCAUAUUGCUAUGAAAUUCCAGAACCAGGUGAGCGCUUUGAAUAUAUUGUAGUAGAGGGUGAAAAUUAUUAUGAUAAUAACAAUCGAAAGAUACCGUGGAAGAAAGGUAACUACAUGGAAUUCCCAGACGUAGCAAAGAAGCUUAACAAGAAAAUCGAUAUAAGUUAUUAUCUGAAGAGCGUAGUUGGUCUCUGUGCCCGUUUUAUAAAUAAUAGUAAAUGUUUUGAACCACAACCUGAUUCCGAAUCCUUGAAAAAUAUUACAGAUCCAGAUGAACUCUGGACGGCAAAGGACGGUAUAGCGCAAGAAUCCGCUGAACGAUGGCUCAAAAAAUAUAUCAAAGAUUUACGCGAUGCUCCAAAGAAGGAAGAAGCUAUUCUAUCUCAUCUAUGGGAAGAGGUUAAUACUUAUGCGGAAAAAACAUGUUCCAGUAAUGACGUAAAUAGAACUAUGAAAGCAAGAGUAUGUUUGAACUAUAGUUAUCAUAUUGAAUCGGGAGCUCGAGACUUUACCUCUGCUUACCUCAAUGCAUUAAGUGGAAUCGAAAGUUCUAUUCGUUUAAAUUUAUCGGAUCUUUUUACAAAAAUCUCUAACUUCAAUGAAGAAUAUAGAAAUGAUUUGUAUAAAUUGGUUAUACAGUCUCAUAAGCACAAGUCCGAUAUUUCAAUUUUGGAAAAAUACAUAUUAUCAAAUCCGUGCCGAAUCUCAGACUCACUUAAUUGUGAAUUGAUGAAAGAAUUUCGCAAUGAAUGGUGUAGAGGAAUUGCUCUUGUGACUGUACGACGUCGAGCAUUAUCACACUUAACCACACAGAACACUGAAGCAGAUCUUGAUGAGAUUAUUGAUUUAUAUUACUAG